AGGUCACGUUCGACACUCGAGGAUUCGGGAGUAGGACAGCAGCAAGGAAGUCUCACGCUGAACCUGGAGCAGUGUGUCAGCCCGUCUGCCUUCCGCAAGCGGUUCCGCGGGACACUACAGCUGCUUUUCCCUUAUCCCGACUAAGAACGUUACGGAAAUCAUCGCAACAACAACAAACUACUCGGCACUGUUUUGGAUUGUACAGGGGGUGUCCUUCCUGCUCUGCGCUCCAUCAGAGAGUCAUGUGUGAAGUAUGCUGAUUCCCACCUGGCCCCAGAAGCAUCUCCCUAACCAUGGCUGAAGGCUCGGAUACCAAGCGGUACCUGUACAGCUCCGUGGAGGAGCCGGACGUGUUCAGGGUGGAGGAGGAGGAAGAGGAGGAAGCAUGCAGCGCUAUCGGCCAGCGGUGCUGCAUGAGCGGCCUGCCCUCCGAGGGCAGUGACAGCAGCCAGGAGCCGCGCGGCGAGCGUCAAAGGACACGCUCCCUACACGAGGACGUGGAGAUGAACGGUAGCGGCUCCAGCGGCAGCGGGACAGAGUCCCACGGCAACGAGUCGCAUGGAAACGAGUCGCAUGGCAACGAGUCGCUGGGCAGCUCCAAUGGCAACGGCAAGGACUCGGCGCUGCUGGAGUCGUCAGGGAGUAACAAGAGCUCAAACUCCCACAGCCCAUCCCCCCCCAGCAGCACCAAUGUCUUCAGCUUGCUGAGUGCCAGCUCCGAGCCGGACAACCCCUCCACCAGCGGCUGCAGCAGUGAGCAGUCCGCCAAGGCCAAGACACAGAAGGAGAUGUUCAAGACCCUGAAGGAGCUAAAGGUGCACCUGCCCUCAGAGAAGAGGAACAAGGGCAAGUCCAGCACACUGAACACACUGAAGUACGCCUUGCGCUGCAUCAAGCAGGUCAAAGCCAAUGAGGAGUACUACCAGAUGCUGAUGAUCAACGACAGCCAGCUUCCGGGCCUCGACGUCUCGUCCUACACCAUCGCCGAGAUCGACAGCAUCACCUCUGAGUACACGCUCAAGAAUACCGACAUCUUCGCCGUAGCCGUGUCCCUGAUCACGGGCAAGAUCGUCUACAUCUCAGACCAGGCCACCUCCAUCCUCAACUGCAAGCGUGACGUGUUCAAGAACGCCAAGUUCGUGGAGUUCCUGACCCCGCAGGACGUCAGCGUCUUCUACAGCUUCACCACGCCAUACCGGCUGCCCUCCUGGAGCAUGUGCACGGGGGCAGAGUCCUCGCUGUCUGACUGCAUGCAGGAGAAGUCUUUCUUCUGCCGAAUAAGCGGUGGGAGGGAGCGCCGGGGGAACCUGCAGUACUACCCCUUCCGCAUGACGCCGUACCUGAUGAAAGUGCAGGACCCGGAGCUGGCCGAGGAGCAGAUCUGCUGCCUCCUGCUGGCAGAAAGGGUGCACUCCGGAUAUGAAGCUCCCAGAAUCCCCACGGACAAGCGGAUCUUCACGACGACGCACACGCCCAACUGCUUAUUUCAGGAUGUGGACGAGAGGGCAGUCCCUCUGCUGGGGUACCUGCCCCAGGACCUGAUCGGGACACCCGUCCUGCUGCACCUGCACCCCAGUGACCGUCCGCUCAUGCUGGCCGUGCACCGCAAGAUCCUGCAGUACAUGGGCCAGCCCUUUGACCACUCCUCCAUCCGCUUCUGCGCCCGCAAUGGCGAGUACGUCACCCUGGACACUAGCUGGUCCAGCUUUGUGAAUCCCUGGAGCCGCAAGGUGUCCUUCGUCAUCGGCAGGCAUAAAGUCCGCAUGGGCCCCGUGAAUGAGGAUGUGUUCGCCACUCCCGACUUCACCGAGGGGAAGAUCAUGGACUCGGACAUCCAGGGAAUCACUGAGCAGAUCCAUCGCCUGCUGCUACAGCCCGUCCACAGCAUCGGCUCCAGCGGUUACGGCAGUUUGGGCAGCAACGGCUCCCACGAACAGCUCGUCACCGUGGCCUCGUCCAGCGACAGCAACAGCAGCAGCCACGCACCCGACGAGGCCCACAAGGCCAAGCCGAGGACCUUCCAGGAGAUCUGUAAGGGUGUCCACCUCCUGAAGAGCCAGGAGCAACAGCAGCCCACCGCAGCCUCCUCGGCCAAGGCAGGGUCCCGGAAAAACAUAGGGCUUGAGCAAAGGGUGCGGACCAAAGAGGCAGCUCCAUCUCCCGGCACCAAGGAGAACACUGGUGCUCAAGAGGAUUUUCCCUGUAAAGACCAGACGGUCUACUCCUACCAGCAGAUCAGCUGCCUGGACAGCGUCAUCAGGUACCUGGAGAGCUGCAACGUCCCCAUCACAGUGAAGAGGAAGUGUCACUCGUCAUCGAAUACAACGUCCUCCAACUCCGACGAGGACAAGCAGAAGGUGGCCGACGGCGCUACCCCUGGAGAAUCCUUGCUGCUAGAGGCCCCAGCUGGCCUGCCAUCUAUCAAGGAGCCUAAGAAGCCUUCAGGUGUGGUGGGGGCCUCACUGACCCCGCUGGCCCUGCCCAGCAAGCCGGAGAGUGUGGCGUCCAUCACCAGCCAGUGCAGCUACAGCAGCACCAUCGUCCAUGUGGGGGACAAGAAGCCCCAGCCGGAAUCCGACAUCACCGAAGAUGUAGUGGAAAGCCUCACUCCGACGGCGGCAGCACUUGCACCUCCUAGCCAGGAGAGGGAGCCCUACAAGAAGCUGGGCCUGACCAAGCAGGUGCUGGCGGCCCACACGCAGAAGGAGGAGCAGGCCUUCCUGAGCCGCUGCCGAGAGCAGCGCCGCGUGCGGAGCCUGCAGGCCAGCUGCUCGCUCUCCCUGCCCAAGCAGCGGGGCCAACCCAACACCGAUGCCACCCCCGGAAUGCGAGGGACCAAGCAUGGCGGGAGCCUAGCUGACCCUGCCCCCAAGAGGGGCGGCCGCAACAAGAAGACGAAGAAGGCGCGCUUAAAGUCGCAGGAAUCCUCGGACAGCACGGUGUCACACAGGAAGCAGGCUCUGCGCCCCCCCCUGCAGGGCCUCAACCAGACGUCCUGGUCGCCCUCGGAGACCUCCCAAUCCACCUUCCCUGUGGCCUACCCCACCGUGAUGCCCGCAUACCCGCUGCCUGUCUACCCAGGUUCGGGGGGCAUGGCCCCCGGCGUUGAUGCCCCCACCCCGGGAAUGGGGGACAGCCAGGCUGGGCAGGACCCGCACUUCCCCAUGCAGCCCCCGCCCUACACCGCACCGCUGGUCACACCCGUCAUGGCCUUCGUCAUGCCCAACUAUGUCUUCCCCCAGGUGGGGGGGGCUCCGCAGGCCUCGUUCCCACCCCAGGCAGCCUUUCUGCCGCAGCCACAGUUCCCCAUGCAGCAGCCCCUGCCCCAACACGCCCCCUUUGUGCCCCAAACGCCCUUCCCACCCCAAGCCAUGUUCCCCACACCGUCGUUCCCCUACGGCCUGCCGCCCGAGCCCCUGAAGACCCCCAGCCCCGAGCCCCGCGACGCUCCCUCCCGCUGCUCCUCCCCCUCGUCGGUGCCACAGGACACGGCAUCGCCCCCGCUUUUUGAGUCGCGCUGCAGCUCGCCACUACAGCUGAACCUGCUGCAGCUGGAGGAGACAACGCGCUGCGGGGAGAGGCAGGACGGGGCAGUGCGGACGGCCAGCGUGCCGGGGAGCAGCGUACCGGGGAGCAGCACCGGUGACAGGGUCAGCCAGGCCAACAAAGAGCUGCAGCAGAUGGGCUCGCUGGACGAGGGACAGCACAGCGACACACACUCCUCUUCCAGCGACCUGAUGGACAUCUUGCUGCAGGAGGACUCGCGCUCGGGCACCGGCUCGGCCACCUCGGGCACCGGCUCGGCCACCUCGGGCACCGGCUCGGCCACCUCGGGCACCGGCUCGGCCACCUCGGGCACCGGCUCGGCCACCUCGGGCACAGGGAGCAGCCAGACCAGCAACACCAGCAAGUACUUUGGCAGUGUCGACUCGUCUGAGCACGACCACAAGGCCAAGGCCGACGGCGAGGCCAAGGCAGCAGGGGGCGAUGGGGAGCACUUCAUGAAGUGUGUGCUGCAGGAUCCCAUCUGGCUGCUGAUGGCCAACGCAGACGAAUCGGUCAUGAUGACCUACCAGCUCCCUACGCGGGAUGUGCAGAAGGUGCUGAAGGAGGAUCGGGAGCGGCUGCGGCAGAUGCAGAAGAGCCAGCCGCGCUUUUCCCAGGACCAGAAGAAGGAGCUGAUGGAGGUGCACCCCUGGCUUCUAAAAGGGUGUCUGCCCAAGGCUGUUGACGUGAAGAAGUGUGUGUGCUGUGAGGUCACUGGCCCGUCGGGCCCCAUCGACGACGGCCUGCCUGCCAUGGAGCUGGGCACCCUGGGGGAGGCGAGUGAGGACGGCCCUUGCCGGAAGGGUGGAGGAGUGCCCCCUACAAGGCAAACGCUUCCUGACAAAGAGCCCGCCCUUCAGUAACGUACAGCCUGUGGCCACACCGACGCACUGUUUGCCAAGGCCCUGUGUGCACUGUUGCAGACUGACGCAGCCCUCAGGCACAGGCAAGCCCCAUUUUACGCACACCCUUGCGCUCUGGUGGUGAAGCACCACCAAAUGUAGACUCCCCCCCCCCCCCCCAGCCUGAGCCCGGGAGCCUGGAGUGUUAAUGCUGUGUUGGGAGCCUCUUAGCCUUCGGAAAUGCAUAGUGGGCAAUGCUGCCUGCCCAACAUGACCCAGGAAGGAGGCCAUGAAGCGUCCGUCUGCGUGUCCGUCUGCGUGUCCGUCUGCGUGUCCGUCUGCGUGUCCGUCUGCGUGUCCGUCUGCGUGUCCGUCUGCGUUCAUGGGUUAGCUUGUAAAUCAGGGACUCAUCAUCUUGCCACUUUUCUCCCUGGUCUCUCUCUGUGUUAUUUCCUCUGUUUUUAUGUUUUAGUAUCUGAGACGAUAUUAAGUUGCCCGUUCUGAAUGCUGUCAGGCACAUCAAGCUGGGUUUAUGAGACUUUUAUAUGUGGGGGACUGUGCUGUUGUACUGAAGUCUCCCGUGUAAUUUUAUGGGAGAGAUGAUCAUAUUUGUUUGGCAUAUAAUUAUAGAAUUUCAAAUCCAAAUAUUUAUGUUAAUUAAGUUGCGUUACGUUGAAAAUAUGCGUUUACAAAUCAAUUGGCCAAUGUUAUUUACAAAACUUUGGACUAUUUUCACAGAGCAGUGAAAAGAAUCCAUGCAAAUUACAUUUUGAAUGUGUACUUUAAAAGUGUAUUUAUGAAUCACUAUGCUUUAGCACUGAUGUCUGUGAUGUCUAUUACGUAAUUACGUAAGUAAUUACGAUUCAUGAUUGCCUACCUUUGGAUGGUAAUUGCUCUAAGAUCCCAGCAAAAUCGACAGGUUGGUAAUUCUGCCAAAAUGUAUGCUGUCUACAUGAAUAUUCUAUAUGAAAGCAUUGUCAGAAGGCUUUUAUGACAAACCAGGUGGAUUAAGAAGGGAGAACUAUUUCGCCUGCUAUUUUUUUAUAUAUAUAUAUAUAUGAGGACCUACGGCCUAUAUGUUCACUGUCUGGACCAAAACAACCUAGAAAACUGUGUUAUACUCGUUCUUUAAUGUAAAGUGUUUGUCCUGUGAGAAAUUCUGUGAGAAACGCGUUCACAUUUAUUUGCAAUUUUCCGCCGUGAAGUUUGUAUUGUGUUAGCAUUAGGUCACAAAUAUAUUUUUCAAACCAAUGACUAUUGUAAGUAUUGUUUUGUAACAAUGUGCAGCGAUGGCUGUACUGGAAAAUUGCCGAGAGGGUGAUUAAUUUCAUGAAAGGUAGUUUCCCCGUAUUUCAAGCUGCACUAUUUUCUGAAAUUAACGCGCCUUGCUAUUUUAGGGGUUCUGAUAAUUUUGCAUCGGAUACGUUCUCUGUAUUUUUUUGUGGUGAUGUAGCAAUGUCUGCUUUUUUGACAGAGUUCAUACAGAAGUUUAAUAAAAAAUAAACCAAUCGUUUUAUAAAGAAAA